ACUGUUGUUGUUAACGCGCAGUAUGAAAAUGGCUGAGGCUGUUUCCUGUUCCGUGGUCAAACACGCGUGUGGAACACGGUUAAAAAGUGCCGAGAAACAGGCUGUUCUUAAUGUUUUACGGGGAUAAUCGGCUUUGAAGUUUUACCAGCGUUGUACAUGAUACAGUUGAUACAAACAAAACCACAUUGAGUGUGUAGUAGAGUCGGUAACGUAAUGGAUUGUGAAACAAUUGCGGUUAUUCGUGCGUUUUUUUACUCUUUGCACUACCAUUUUUUUCUCGUUCGAUGUGAAAUACCUACGUCUCGUAAUUAUAAAAGUCAUCAUCAUUUUUUUAUGAGAAAUGCACGUCUUCUAGUUUACAAUUUCAUAUUGGACGCGAAAUUCCUGUUUUCAUUUCAAUUACAAAUUCUUAAUUAUCGAUGUUUUGAGAAAGACUGUUGAAUUAAGAAAACGUAACAAUUUAAUUUUUUUAAGGCAAAAAUUUUGACUGACCAUCGUUUUACACCACAGAGGUAGAUAAGUAUCGUACCAACACGAAAAACAAUCGUUUUCACAGCAUCGGGCACAUCAUACAAAAGCUGAAUUUUUACAUUUGCUACUGUGCCAUUACAAUAUGAAACCAACAGAACAGACUGGAGCCAAGUGCGGGAUUUGACCAGGGAAGAAACAUGACCGUUAAGCUGCCAGACGUACUGGAACUAACGCACACAGAUUUUUCACACGUCAUUGCCGAACGCUGUCGGGGCAUGGAACGGCUCGUCAUAAAAUAAGAGAAAAUGCUGCGCCUGGUUGGCUUCUGUUGUUGGUAGGCUCGUUGUCAACGUAGCAGGUGACACUUCCAGAACUAAAUGUAUUUCUCGGAUUCGGAUAAGGAAGGAGACGACUGACCGUAAGUAAUACCUUCAGUGGCUUCAAUAUUCCGGUGAAAUCCUUCAGUACUCUCUUACGUUACAUGGAGCUUAUGCAGAAAAAUUACUCUGUGGUUAUGUCAGGAAUUUCAUCAUGCUUGGUUCUAAUAAAAAUAGUACGUCAGCUAAAAACGGUAACAUUUUGUGGUUUUGUUCUAGUUGUUUGUGGGAGAUUUGCAGUAUAUUAUUUCAUUCUGCUUAAAAAUUAAAUGACAUUCGAAGCUGUGUUGCUCCUCUUCUGUCUCUUUUUACGUGUGAACUGCAGGCUAACUGAACCAGUUAACUGGCCGGUGGUGUCCAAGUCAAAUGCGCCGGUAAAGCUGUUGUCCGUUGUUAUAGCUAAGUCGAUGUCCUCGCAACGCACAUCAAACGUAUCUUUCUUAUCGUACUUGACAGUACUCGAGACAGCUUGGAUGCAGUCCUACGUGAAACGGAAAUCCAAUGAGGUUCCUGCAAACGCGGAAGAAUACAUAAUGCAAUUUUGACAUCAGGUUUAUUCUUACGACGAACGGACUGACGGCUGACAUAUGAUGCAAAACCGCACAUCUUGAACGUUAAUAUACAGAAUAAGUUGUAUUUCUAAGACUCGCACAGUAUAGGGCGAUUCUAGAUGCAGCUAAUUUACUGUAACUAGCUUUAUUCAGCUAUGAAGAUAAAGUGGAAUCAAUUAGUAACUACGUCGAAUUGCCCGCCGUUAGACAUCAUACGAUCCUCGAGCGAGGCAGCAUAGCCAACUGAAACGCAAAAUUGUUGAGUACUUACGUGGUCGCUGUGCUUGAAAAUCAGUAACGCAGCUAAGUUCACUGGUACUAAAAUUCCGUCAGAAUUCUAAAUAAGUUUUGAAGAACCAGUUACUUCUCGUCGAAUCCAACAUCUUCAUCAUUGAUACAGACGCGUGUGACGUUGGUAGCACUGUAGCCACACUGGGUAAGGUUAAAAGUGAAUGUGAGUACACAGUUCAUCGAAGUUGCGCUGUCAGAAGCAGGUGUUCAUAAGAGAGGCGGAAGACGCCUGAACAUGCGUGUGUUUACCGCAUCGUUUAGUUGAUUUUUACCAAACGUACAAAAUGAAACAACAGUGAAUGAGUGAAUAUUUCCGUGUUCUUCGAAUAUACGAUCACGUCAUCGACCGCACUCAUGGAUAAAUCAAAAAUGAAUUCACGGAACCCGUUUCUGCGUCCAUGGAUGGAAAAUAAUGGUGCAGCUGCCGCAGCUGCGGCUGGGAGCAUGGGAUUGAAGGGAAUCAUUGCAGGUGGAAUUACGGGUGGCAUAGAAAUCUGUAUUACUUUUCCGACAGAGUACGUAAAAACCCAGUUACAGCUGGAUGAGAAAGGUGCUACAAAACAGUAUUCAGGAAUAUUUGACUGUGUUAAAAAGACUGUGCGGAGUCAUGGUUUUUUCGGACUCUACCGUGGUCUCAGUGUGCUUCUUUAUGGCUCCAUUCCAAAAUCUGCUGUACGGUUUGGCACAUUUGAAUCUAUUAAGAAGCGCAUGGUUGACGCAGACGGAAAUCUUUCUCCAAGCCGCAGACUUCUUUGUGGGCUUGGAGCUGGUGUAGGUGAGGCAGUUCUUGCUGUAACACCUAUGGAAACUGUUAAGGUGAAAUUCAUCAACGAUCAACGCUCUGCCAACCCAAAAUUUCGAGGGUUUUUUCAUGGAGUGGCAGUAAUAGUCAGAGAACAAGGUUUUCGAGGAGUCUAUCAGGGUGUAACAGCAACAAUCAUGAAGCAAGGCAGCAAUCAAGCAAUCCGCUUCUUUGUUAUGGAAACUUUAAAAGACUGGUAUCGAAAGGGUGAUCCCAAACAGCCUGUUCCAAAACUACUCACAGGUCUAUUUGGGGCAAUAGCUGGUGCUGCUUCUGUCUUCGGGAACACACCUAUUGAUGUUGUCAAAACAAGAAUGCAAGGGCUUGAAGCAUCAAAAUACAAAAAUACGUUUGACUGUUUCUAUAAAAUAUGGAAGAAUGAAGGCCCAUUUGCGUUCUAUAAAGGAACAGUUCCACGUCUGGGCAGAGUAUGCUUGGAUGUAGCAAUUACAUUCAUGAUUUACGACUCGUUCAUGGAACUGUUUAACAAGAUCUGGCCAUGAAGACUGACAUACAUACUGUGAGUGACCAGCUCUCUUACCUUGCCAGGUUGGAGUUACUAUUGUUUGAACAGCUGUGCUGUUAGAAUGUUUUAAAAUAUGCAUGUACUGUGGUUUCUUUAUAUAUUGUUGAGUUUAUUUUUGUUUAUUUCUAUAGUUUGUUUUUUGCAGAUUAACAAAAGUUAAACGUAUUUAAUGCUGUGUUUUAACAUUCCCUUUUUGUAUUAUACUUUUAAUGUGUGUGAAUUUUGUGCACAAAAAUAACUUUCCCUUUUGUGGAAAAUGUAAGUACAAAACAGCUAAGUGCAAUACUAUGUUCUCGAUCUGGCUGCUGCAAUGUGGAAAAUGGAAGUGCUGAAUUUUUAGUUAUGCUAAGAAAGUUGCACAGAGUAAGUGGUACGUUAUGGCUGAUUAAUUUUCACAAAGCAGAUAAGCCAGAAGCAGCUUCCAAGCUUGUUUCUCAUACUGACCUAUAGAAAUAAAAAGCUUGAUAUUCUUUAAACAGUCAUUGAAUUUAUGGGCUGUGUGUUUUAAUGGCUGACACAUAGUGUAAUAAAUUGUACAAAUCAGUGACUUUUAAUGAAGCUACACAGAGCAUAAUUUAUUGUGCUUUGUGGAACAAAUUCAGAGUUUUUUCUUUUA